UCAACCGGUUGCCCGCUUCUUCUGCUCUGUGGUUCUACUGGAACUGGAAUACUGGGAAGGCCUUCUUCCACUUCCAAAGUUCGCUAUACAUCCUGUGUGGAACCUGGAACUAAUUGGAAUUUAGCGCCGCGGCGCAGUGCAAAGAAAAAACAACAUAACCACGCAUAGAACCCGACGGGAAUCGCUCUCCUGUUUUGUCGACAAAUAGUGAAAAUUCAGCGACUAUUUACAAGAAGUCGCUGUGUAGUGCCUGUGCUUUUCCGUGUCCAAAUACAGUUUGUCGUGAUCCGAGUGCGAGAGCUUGUGUUUUCAAACCGAGUGCCGACCCGCAAAUUCGUCCGAGCCGGUGACAAAGACGCUCAAACCCGAGACGCUUCGGUCCAGUCGUUGUGCCAGAGUUUAUCGUGGUUCGAAUCUUUCCGCGCUUGUAUUCGGCGUCAUUUGUUAGUCUUUUAUAUUUCUGGUGGUAAAAUGUCGGCAAAAACAAAAGGACGUGGAAGGAAGGCGGGCAAGACCCAAGAGAAUGUUAUAGAUUCCACUUCAGGAGCUCUAAAUGGUGACGCCGACCAUUCCGAGGGAGUUGCUAAAGCGGCUUCCAAUGGCGACGCGGGAAACUUGGACGAGGCUGCUGUAAAUGGAGGUGGGAAAAAGAAACAAGCGGGCGGGCGGAAGCAGCCGGCAGCGGCUAAAAGGGGCGCCGCGGCUGUGGCCGAGGAGAAAGUAGAACCAGUGCCGGCGAAGCGUGGUAAGGGCAGACAAGCGAAGGAGGCUCCCGCGGAACCUAAAGUCGAAGAACCAGAACCAUCAGUACCCGCCAAAGGAAAACGCGGGGCAGCAAGGAAAACAAAUUCCAAAGCUGACACAAAAGCCACAAAGCAAGAACCCGCAGAACAGCCUGAACUGAAACCAGUCGACGGACCUGCAGAAAAUGGUACAAAGCCAAGAGGCAAAGGACGCGGAAAAGCAGCACCAGCACCCAAGGAAGAGCCAGCACCGCCAGCUGAACCUGUCAAGGCGGCAAGAGGUAGAGGAACGAAACGAGACAGCGCUGGAAGCGAAAAGGCGAAAGCUUCGGCCGCAGAAACUGUACAAACAAAUGGAAGUUUGGCUGCACCCAAAGACGAAGAAAAUGUGGGACCAUCGCCAAGUAAGAAAGGACGUGGUGGCAGGAAACCAGCAGCUGCCAACAAGGAACCUGAAGUUAAACCCGAGUCAAAUGAAGCACCAGAGAAGGGGAAGCGUGGACGAGGCGGCAAGGGAAAAGCAGCGGCACCAGCAAUUGUGGAACCAGAGCCACAGACUGCCGUCGAAAGUGAAAGCAAACCUACAAAAAGAGGAGGAAAGAAAGCUACAACGGCAUCACCAGCAGCAACGACUACAAAGAAACGUGGAGCUGCCAAGAAAGUUGAACCCCCCGUACAAGAAGCCGUCGAAGAGAAUGGCGGCGACGAAGAGUUGGAGGGCGAUCAUGAAGAAAUCAUAACUGCUGCAAAGAGGGCAAAACCGUCAGGCAAGAAAGCGCCUGCAAAAAGUCAAGCUAAACUUAAUUCCACGGACACUGAUUACAGCAAAUUGGACUUUUCUUCAGAUAAACAAUUCAAUUUCAAAAUAUCUAGUUGGAAUGUAGCUGGUUUACGAGCAUGGAUAAAAAAAUCAGGAUUGGAGUAUGUAAAGCAUGAAAAACCGGAUAUUCUGUGCUUGCAGGAGACGAAAUGUAUACCAGACGACAUUCCAGAUGAAGCACGAUUACCGGGCUAUCAUCCGUAUUGGCUAUGUAAGCCAGGAGGCCAUGCCGGCGUAGCAAUAUAUUCAAAAAUUAUGCCGAUCAACGUCGAAUAUGGGCUUGGGGAUGAAGAACAGGAUGAUGAUGGACGGUUGUUAACAGCUGAAUAUGAGAAAUUUUUCUUAGUGUGCGUCUAUGUGCCAAAUGCUGGGCGAAAAUUAGUUACUUUACCGAAGCGCUUACGCUGGAACAAACUAUUCGAGGCAUUCAUACAGAAACUGAAUGCCAAGAAGCCAGUCAUCAUCUGCGGAGAUAUGAACGUAGCGCACAAUGAAAUCGAUUUGGCUAAUCCGAAAACAAACAAGAAAAAUGCAGGUUUCACACAAGAGGAAAGAGAUGGCAUGACAGAUUUGCUGAAUCUGGGCUAUGUUGAUACCUAUCGGCACUUUUAUCCGGAUCAGGAAAGAGCUUUCACAUUUUGGGCUUAUUUCAUGAACGCACGCGCAAAAGACGUAGGUUGGCGCUUGGAUUACUUCAUUGUGUCAGAGCGAUUUUUACCCAAAUGCGUGGACAAUGUGAUUAGAUCGAAAGUUUUUGGGAGCGAUCAUUGUCCAAUUACUUUACUCCUAAAUAUUUAAGAUUAUUAUGCACACUGUGCACUCGUUUUUAUGUUUUUCUUUCUUGUUUUUUUCCGUAUCGGUUUAUUGCAAAAGUUUUAAUGAAGUGAGCUGACCAUUUCUUAUUGAUGAUUGUAAAGUAUUAUUUGAUCCCACAGUGGCUCUCGGAUAAUUCGAAGUCGUAGCUUAUCCUAAACUUUGUUCCAGUCCCUUAAAUCUUUUUCAUAGUGAAGUUUGGAAUUUCGGGAUAGUUCGGGUUCAUUUCGUUAAUCUAUUAAAUAUCGCAUUAUCCUCAUUCUAUUGUACUUUUAGCAAUCUGAGAUCAAGCAAGUGAAGGCCCUAAGAAUUUAAGAUUUUUUGAUGUAAAAACCUGUAUGAAGAUUUUUAAAUAAAUAACUGAGACAAAUAUCCUUCCUUA